AAAGAAGAAGAAGAGGAGCCGUCAGCUGUAAACUCCCGACCAGCCCACAAGCCACAACAAACAGCAGAGCGGAAACUAGGAAGGAAACCGAGGAGAGGGACAUCUCGCCUGAACAGUAAGGACACUGUUGCUUGAUAAGACGUUUCUAGAGGUUCUGGUUGGUUUUAGGGGUGCUGAGCACUCGCAUCCUUCAGCAACAUGGGGGAACUCUUUAGAAGUGAAGAGAUGACGCUUGCUCAGCUCUUCCUCCAGUCAGAAGCGGCCUACUGUUGUGUCAGCGAACUGGGAGAGAUCGGGAUGGUGCAGUUUCGUGAUCUAAAUCCCGAUGUGAACGUUUUCCAACGGAAAUUUGUCAAUGAAGUACGACGAUGUGAGGAGAUGGAUCGCAAAUUGAGAUUUGUGGAGAAAGAAAUAAAGAAGGCCAACAUCCCCAUAGUUGACACAGGAGAGAACCCUGAAGUCCCAUUCCCAAGGGACAUGAUUGACAUGGAGGCCACAUUUGAGAAGCUUGAGAAUGAGUUGAAGGAAAUAAACACCAACCAAGAAGCCCUAAAGAAGAACUUCUUGGAGCUGACUGAGCUCAAGCACAUCCUGCGUCGCACACAGCAGUUUUUUGAUGAGAUGGAGGAUCCAAGUUUACUGGAGGAGGGCUCCACCCUGUUGGACCCCAAUGAGACAAUCCACAGGGCUCCACUCAGACUGGGAUUUGUGGCUGGAGUCAUUGGCCGGGAACGUAUUCCCACAUUUGAGAGGAUGCUGUGGAGAGUUUGCAGAGGAAACGUGUUCCUGAGGCAGGCAGAAAUUGAAGAUCCUCUGGAGGACCCGUCUACGGGCGAUCAGGUCCACAAGACUGUUUUCAUCAUCUUCUUCCAGGGAGACCAGCUUAAGAAUAGAGUCAAGAAGAUCUGUGAGGGGUUCAGAGCAACCUUGUACCCGUGUCCGGAAACACCCCAGGAGAGGAAAGAGAUGCUGGCAGGAGUGAAUGCACGCAUUGAUGACCUGCAAAUGGUGCUGAACCAGACGGAGGAUCACAGGCAGAGGGUCCUGCAGGCCGCAGCCAAAACGGUCAGAGUGUGGUUCAUCAAGGUGAAGAAGAUGAAGGCCAUCUACCACACCCUCAACCUCUGCAACAUCGAUGUCACUCAGAAGUGCCUGAUCGCUGAGGUGUGGUGUCCCGUCUCCGACAUGGACUCUAUCCAGUUUGCCCUGCGCAGGGGGACGGAGAAGAGCGGCUCCACUGUGCCUUCCAUCCUCAAUCGAAUGCAGUCCAAGCAGACCCCACCCACCUUUAACAAGACCAACAAGUUCACCUCCGGCUUUCAAAACAUUGUGGAUGCUUAUGGGAUUGGCAGCUACCGUGAGAUUAACCCAGCGCCAUACACCAUCAUCACCUUCCCCUUCCUGUUUGCCGUUAUGUUUGGAGACCUGGGCCACGGGGUGCUCAUGACCGCGGCUGCCCUGUACCUUGUGUUGAGAGAGAGCAGGCUGGUUGCCCAGAAGAAUGACAACGAGAUGUUCAGCAUGGUGUUUGCAGGGCGCUACAUCAUCCUGCUGAUGGGAAUCUUCUCCGUCUACACCGGGAUCAUUUACAACGACUGCUUCUCGAAGUCUCUCAACGUGUUCGGCUCAGGCUGGAGCGUCAGGCCCAUGUUCAACCCUCGAGGGGGCAACUGGACGUUUGAGACACUGCAAGGCAAUAAAGUUCUGCAGUUGGACCCGACGAUAGAAGGAGUGUUCAAAGGGCCGUACCCUAUUGGCAUUGAUCCGAUAUGGAACAUUGCCACCAACAAGCUGACCUUCCUGAACUCGUUCAAGAUGAAGAUGUCUGUCAUCCUGGGAGUCAUCCACAUGCUGUUUGGAGUCUCACUCAGUCUUUUCAACCACCUGUAUUUCAAGAAGUCGCUGAAUAUCUACCUGGGAUUCAUCCCGGAGAUCGUCUUCAUGGCCAGUCUGUUCGGCUAUCUAGUCAUUCUGAUCUUCUAUAAGUGGGUCUCGUACGACGCACGCAUAUCCAAGGACGCUCCCAGUCUCCUCAUCGCCUUUAUUAACAUGUUCCUGUUCAACUACAAUGACCCCAGUAACCAACCCCUCUACAGAGGACAGAUGGCCAUACAAACCCUCUUGGUGAUAAUCGCAUUGGCUUGUGUUCCCUGUAUGUUAAUAGUAAAAACUCUGGUUCUGCGGAGACAGUAUUUGUGGAGGAAAAACCUGGGAACAGAGAACUUCGGAGGUAUCCGGGUGGGCAACGGGCCCACUGAGGACGAGGCUGAAAUCAUCCAGCAUGACCAGCUCUCGCAGCACUCGGAGGAGGAGCCUGAGCGUUGCCUUUUGUCACCUGCUGUCAAGGCCUGCCAGGAGGAAGAGUUUAACUUCGGGGAUGUGGCUGUGCAUCAGGCCAUCCACACCAUAGAGUACUGCCUGGGCUGCAUCUCCAACACGGCGUCUUAUCUGAGGCUCUGGGCCCUCAGUCUGGCUCAUGCACAGUUGGCCGAGGUGCUGUGGACCAUGGUGAUGCACAUUGGCCUCUCCAGCAGAAGCUUCGCAGGUGGCGUCCUUCUGGCCAUGGUCUUUUACUUCUUUGCUAUUCUCACAGUCGCCAUUCUUCUCAUCAUGGAGGGCUUGUCCGCCUUCUUGCAUGCACUGCGACUGCACUGGGUGGAGUUCCAAAACAAGUUUUACUCAGGCCAGGGCUUCAAGUUCCUGCCCUUCACCUUCGAAAGCAUCCUGGAAGGGAGGGCUGAGGACUGAGAUCUGAGGACCACGACUCUUCUAUUAAUGUCACUCAUCUCUUGAGAAUCUGUGUGGUGUUGAAUAGUGAUUAUUUCUUUGUGUGCGUGAUGCACUUUCCAUGAGUGACACUCCGAAAGCUCUUUCAGACUGCCGUUUGUUUUAGGCUACUCAUCACUUUUUAGAAUCGGUAAACAUCUACUCAGAAAUUACUAUUCGUUACAUCCAUUCCUCAGAAAAUAGCAUCUGUAAUCUGUUGUGUGUCUUGUCUUAGUGAAGUCUGCUUUGUUGUACAUGUCUUAAGUUUAAUAUUAUUUAUGUAUGUAAUACGUCCUUUAUAAAUCCUGCAUCUUCCCGUAGGUUAGGUGUUUUGUGCAAAUGUCUUGACUGAUGUUUAUUCAGAGUAAAGUGACAGAAGUGUUUACUUGUCUUUCAUCUCCACAUGUUGUGUCAAGGCAUUGUUCUGCACAGAGCAUCUCACUGGUUUAAUUAAAAAAAACACACACACACACACUUUACACUGCAGACGCCUCUACCACACUGUGCACUGACCUCACACGCAGAGCUUUAAAGGGAAACAUUUUGACUUGCAUCAGGAGUCAAUCAGUGCAGAAUAUGGAGAUGAAGAGACUGUAACCCUGCAUUUUGAGCUUGCAUUACUGAAAUACCCUUCGUGUUGAGGGAUCUGUUCUCCAUCGACCCAAACAAAGUCAAUAAAGGGGAAUCUAAAGGUGA